AUGGCAAAAAAGAACCGAAUACCUAUAAGCAAAAAUAUAAAAACAGUUUUGAAUGACACGAACAAGAAAAAUGCGUUCAAACCGUUGACAACCUUUGGACGACGGCUGUUCUACUGUGAAACAGCAUUAGAGUCGCUGCGGACGGCUGCUGGACUUAUCCGUGAGCAAUAUGGAGCGGCCUGCCGUCGCAAACUAGCCGCUCAUAGGAAAACUUCUAAUGACUAA